AUCUGAUAAAAAAGUGAUUUUCGCUUUCGAAUAUUUUCUCAAACAAACUCGAUUGUUUCAUUGAACAAAUCGUGUUGGAAAAGAAGUGUUACGAACUAUGACUGUUCCUAGUUGUUCAAUUAUUUAAAAGUGUAUCCAGGAUAGUCAAUAUGCAGCGGGUUCUUAGCUUUCAAAUGGCUCGUGGGCUCAGCGAGUCUAGCGAGUUUGUGACAAAACGUAUGUGUUUUUCGUUAAUAUUCUCCGUCGGUUUUCUAUCGCUGUUGGGUGGAUUUUUACUCGGUCGUUUCGCCACGCAAAGAGCUAUAGAGUUUCGGGCAGAAAAGAAACGCCUCGAGUUAGCGGGGAAUGGUUUAGAAAACAGCGAGUAUCUCCAACAUCUGAUGCUCGAACAAUUGGAAAGGGCGCCUCUUGAUCCUGAUUUUGAAAUGAAAUGGGACUAUUUCAAUUUAAAAGACAAUGACAUGCGUCAAGUGAAUAAGAUUCUAUCGAAUUUGUCACUUAUUGAAAAGGUUGUCGAACAUCAAUCGUGCAUCGUGGCAACCGCGAGAGGGUCCAGAGAAUCUGAUAGGUACGUAGUUUUAUCGACUAGCGGUGAAGGUGUCGGUGUCGCUUUAGAAUUGGCAAAAAUUUUCAAUCAAAUUCAGGGAGAAUACAGAUGGAGACCUCGUAGAUCCAUUAUCAUUUGUUUAUUCUCGGGAUCUUUGAAUUCUUGUCCAGAGAUAUUGUCCAACCUUAUGCCUCAUAAAAUUGUGGCUUAUAUCGUAGUACAUCGCCAAGUUUUACAAGACAAAAGCCAUUUUAUUGUAUCUGGAUCAGACAUUAUACAAUCCAUGGUUUUAGAAUCUGCUAGCAUUGUAAAAAAUUGGUUUUCUUACAACAGUUACUUAUUGCCCUUAAACGACAUAUUUUAUAACGUUUCAACUUCCCGGCUAGAUUUAAACGUACCUCACGCAGUACUGUCUUUUAUGGACAAUGAUAUCACACGCAAUGUCAAUCAUCAUGAAAGAGAAAUGCAUAAGAUAGUUUUAGCACAAAUAGUUGGUCAUACUAUUUGGAGGUUCUCUGAAUGUUUAAUAAUAAAAUGGAAUCCAAGUUAUUUUAAUAAGACUGUGUCUGAAGCAUUAAAAUCUAUAAACAAUACUGAAUUAUUGGAAGUUAAAGAAAAAAUGCAACAAACCGUGGAUAAAUUGUUAACUAGCAUUAAAGUUUUUAAUAAAAAGAUUGAUGCAAUUGAUAACAUCAAUACCAUUGACACAAGAAUACUAAAUGAUUUGCUGAUGGAGUUGGAUAGAAUUCUCCUAUGUCCUAAUGAGCAGAAUGAAUCCAGAACUGAUUGGACAAAAUUUUCUAAAUUGAGUCAAGAACCUUUCAACAAAAUCAUAAUAUAUGUUAAUGAAGUGGCAAAGUGUUAUGAAAGUGCUAUACAACUUUUAACUAUACAAAAUCGAUAGAGAAAAUAUAAAAGUACAAAAUUUUAGAUAUAAAACUGUCUUUUGAAAUGACUGUGGUAACAUUCAAUAAU